AUGCCACACGUUGCUUUGGACGAAAUACACAAGUUGUCGAUGCUGCGUAUUCUUGAGAGCGAAAGAUCGAUCAGCAUGAGUUUCCGUUUGUGGGAACUGUACGAAUAUCCGAUGCUGCAAACAACCACGAAACAUACGUGGGCGAUAAAAACGGCUCCGCAAAUGGAAAAACCGCGAUACGUGAUAUUCGCGUUACAAACCGAAAGGAAAAAUGAUUUAAAGAAAAACGCUACCCAAUUCGAUUCCUGUUUCUUAUCCAAUAUUCGACUUUACUUGUACUCGGAAAUGUAUCCCUACGACGAUUUAAACAUCGAUUUCGGAAAGGAUAAAUACGCGUUGUUCUACGACAUGUACGCAAAAUUUCAAGAGUCCUAUUAUGGAAACGACGGCGAGGUGUUACUGAAUACAAUCGACUUUCUACUGUAUGGACCAUUCGUAGUCUUCGAUUGCUCGCGACAAAACGAAGCGCUGAAAAAUGCAACCACCGACGUGCGAAUCGAAUUCGAAUGUCGAAAGGAUGUCCUACCUUCGACGGCUGCAUACUGCUUGAUGAUACACGACUGCAUCGUGGAAUACAACCCGUUGACGAGCAUUGUUAGAAAAAUUAUAUAA